UUCCCCCUUUUAAGUAAUGAAUUUACCUUGUUUAUAGAUGCCUUCCAGGAUGUCAGAUUUGUCAGCAACUUGUCAGAUGUUUUUGUGGUCGCUUGGUCAAGCAACAUGCUUGCUUUACUGCAAGUCUUGCCAUGAAAUACUCAGAUGUGAAAUUGGGUGACCAUUUUAAUCAGGCAUUAGAAGAAUGGUCUGUGGAAAAGCAUACAGAACAGAGCCCAACGGAUGCUUAUGGAGUCAUAAAUUUUCAAGGGGGUUCUCAUUCCUACAGAGCUAAGUAUGUCAGACUAUCAUAUGACACGAAAACUGAAGUCAUUCUACAACUUCUGCUUAAAGAAUGGCAGAUGGAAUUGCCCAAACUUGUUAUCUCUGUACAUGGGGGCAUGCAGAAAUUUGAGCUUCACCCACGAAUCAAGCAGUUGAUUGGAAAGGGUCUUAUUAAAGCUGCAGUUACAACCGGAGCAUGGAUUUUAACUGGAGGAGUAAACACAGGUGUGGCCAAACAUGUUGGUGAUGCCCUCAAAGAACACGCUUCCAGAUCAUCUCGAAAGAUUUGCACUAUUGGAAUAGCUCCAUGGGGCGUAAUUGAAAACAGAAAUGAUCUUGUUGGGAGAGAUGUGGUUGCUCCUUAUCAAACAUUAUUGAACCCUCUGAGUAAAUUGAAUGUUCUGAAUAAUCUGCAUUCCCAUUUCAUAUUGGUGGAUGAUGGCACUGUUGGAAAGUAUGGGGCAGAAGUCAGACUGAGAAGAGAACUUGAAAAAACUAUUAAUCAGCAAAGAAUUCAUGCUAGAAUUGGUCAAGGUGUCCCUGUGGUGGCACUUAUAUUUGAGGGUGGGCCAAAUGUUAUCCUCACAGUUUUAGAAUACCUUCAGGAAAGUCCUCCUGUUCCAGUUGUCGUAUGUGAAGGAACAGGCAGAGCUGCAGAUCUACUAGCAUAUAUUCAUAAACAAAUAGAAGAAGGAGGGUAA